AUGUUGGCGUUUUUACACAAUUCCCUAUUGAUUCUCAUCGUCGUCGUCGUCGCAAUCGGUCUCGGCUCGACGCCGCUGAAGCCGAUGAAGCGCAACGCAGAGGUGUCGACGAGGCCGCCGAAACCGCGAAUUCUCAGCCAGGGCUGCCCGUCGGAUUUGUUGCACUCGCGAGCCCUACGCGCUAUUCAGCUCGGCUGUCGCACACACCCGUCAACGGUCGUCUCGGCUUUUGAGGGCAUUCAGGAGGGCCUCGCGCAUUGCGUCAAUCGCCUUCGAUUCCAGCAAUGGGAUUGCUCGGACGCCGGCAACAUCAUGCACGAUCCGCCGCUAUUGCGAAACGCGUUUCGCGAGUCGGCUCUCGUGUGGGCUUUGAGUUCGGCGGGAGCCGCGUGGGGUGUCGCCACCGCGUGCGCUCAAGGUUGGAUCGACGAUUGCGCGUGCAAUAACAACCAUGGGCAGAAUGAGUACGAGUUCGGCGGGUGUACGCAUGGCGUUCAGCACGGCAUCACAGCCAGCCGAAAGCUGUUGACGAAAGCCGGAUCGGCGGCGACGCUGAUUCGGAAAAUCGAAAAGCACAACUUGAAAGCGGGCCGACUCGCCGUCAAAAAGACGCUCAUCUCAUCGUGCAAAUGCCACGGUGUGUCGGGCAGUUGCCAACAGAAGACGUGCUGGAAACGCACCGCCCAACUCGAUCACAUCGUCGAUUAUCUCGUCGACAAGUACGCGCGCGCGCGAUUGUACACCGAUGAUUCGGCGGUGAAGACGACGGAUUUGAUCUAUUUGGAAGCGUCGCCGGAUCCGUGCAAGGAGAAGAGUGUCGCCGGAAGGGUGUGCGCGUGGCGCAAUGAGACGCACACUCAAGGCGACUGCGAUAGGCUGUGCUGCGGAAAUGGUUUCAGUAUCCGACACGAGGUGGUGCGCGUCAAAUGCGAUUGCGAAUUCGUGUGGUGCUGCAAUCUCGUCUGCAAGGACUGCAUUCAACAUCGCUGGAUAUCAACAUGCAACGGCACACCGCCGAAGAGUCUCAUUUUCAAAUAG